CCCAGCACUGAUGAAUCCGACAGUGUAGCCUGUUUUCAAUGCAUCCACGAAUGAUUCUCUCACAGAUUUCAUGUAGCCUCGGUCGAUGCGGUGCGUGUUUUGUGUCCCGUCUUCAUUGAGAGGGAGUCCUAAGUUGAGGACCCGAUGCAUGGAUGUACCUUAAGCGCCGUGAGUACCCAGAUACCAUCAUGGAACUCGCCAUGACAGUGUUAGAAGAGGAGGUCGGGAGCCCCGCGGCCUGUUAGAGAGAGAGACAGUGUACGAGGCCCCCUCUCUUUACAACCGCUUGACUAGCAGUUUAUUAUUGCGUUUACGGAGUACACGAUCAGCAGAAAUGAGCACUUACUUGGCAGUCUACGUGCUGUUAGUAGUCUUCCUAGGCCCAGUACUACUGACCAAAGUGCCUGGAGUUGCUACCUCGGAAGCUGUGAGAACGUGUGAGCCGAUCAAGUUUGACAUGUGCAAGGGCCAGGGGUACAACGUCACUGGCAUGCCCAACUUAGUCGACCACAAGGACCAGAAAGAUGCCAGCCUUCAACUACAAACAUUCACCCCUCUCAUCCAAUACGGGUGCUCGAAGAAACUCAAGUUCUUCCUGUGUUCAGUGUACAUGCCUAUGUGUACAGAGAAAGUUCUAACUCCGAUCGGUCCCUGUCGGCCUCUGUGUGAGAGUGUUCGGAAACGCUGCCAGCCGGUUUUGAAUGAGUUCGGCUAUCCCUGGCCCUCGGCCCUCAACUGUUCCAAGUUUCCAGUUCGCAAUGACCAGAACCACAUGUGUAUGGACGGGCCGGCCGGGGAAGAGGAUGACUACCCUGGUGAACCAACGAGAAUGAGACCCGAGACAAGUUCGAAUUACCCCCUUCAGCACACACUAACACACGGGUCAGGAAACUGCCAGCACUACAGGCAUCCCAAAAAGUAUAUUUAUAUAAACAGGACAGAACGGUGUGCUUUAAAGUGUUCAGAACAUGAUGCCUUCACAACAGAGGAUAAGUUUUUUGCUGACGUCUGGAUGGCCAUAUGGGCAGGACUAUGUUUUGUGGCCACCCUGUUUACAGUGCUAACCUUUCUUAUAGACUCUCAGAGAUUCCGGUACCCUGAGAGGCCAAUCAUCUUCCUGUCCAUGUGUUAUAAUAUCUACAGUAUUGCCUACAUUGUAAGACUUAUUGCAGGACGUCAGUCCAUAUCCUGUGAUAGUACUGAUACAGAGAGUCAGAGUGAUCAAGGAAUUCUCAUACAAGAAGGGCUGGAGAAUACGGAUUGUGCUAUAGUGUUUUUGUUAUUAUAUUUCUUUGGCACAGCCAGUUCGUUGUGGUGGGUUGUGUUAACUUUUACAUGGUUCCUGUCCGCAGGGCUGAAGUGGGGUCACGAGGCAAUCCAGCUCCACUCCAGUUAUUUCCAUCUGGCAGCCUGGGCCAUCCCUGCCAUCAAAACCAUCGUCAUCCUGGUCAUGAGGGACGUCGACGCCGAUGAGAUCACAGGUAUCUGUUACGUAGGGAACCAGAACACCAACACACUGAUGGGGUUUGCCAUUGCACCCCUGAUCGUCUACCUCUUAGUAGGAACGUCCUUCCUUGUGGCUGGGUUUGUGGCAUUAUUCAAUAUCCGGAAACAGGUGCGUGGCGAUGGAGUGAAGACUGACAAGCUGGAGGUUCUAAUGGUCAGGAUUGGCAUUUUUUCAGUACUCUACACGGCCCCGGCCACGUGUGUGAUCGGGUGUUUACUUUAUGAGUACACCAAUAGGACAUCGUGGUACUUUGCUGACAGCACGAAUACCCCCAAUAUUGAGGUGUUCAUGUUGAAACUAUUCAUGUCCCUUGUUGUUGGGAUUACCAGCGGCAUGUGGAUGUGGUCAGCCAAGACAGUCAGUUCGUGGAGAAAUUUUGGCAAAAAAUUGUUUUCAAGGAGAAAGGACCGCAAAAACUGGGAGUACGCUGUCCCCAUUCACCACUAUCACCAAAUUCCCCUGAAACCUUCGAAUAACAGGACAAUACGAAUGCAAGAAAAAGCCAAGAGAAGUAUGAAUAAGUCUGACAAUGAAACUGUGGUGUAGUUGGAACUAGCCGCGUCACUAUCGUCGUCGUCGUCAUCGUCGCUGCUGUUGUUGUUAUUGUUGUCACAGUCGUGCACGUCAUGACGGUGACGGACCAAGCUCCCAGCGCCGAUAGUCCCAUGUGCGUGUGGUGAAUGUGCUUUUCAUAGUUGGCGAAUACUCGGCGUUAGAAAAACCUUCUACAGCAGGCCAAAAGGACCAACUUACAUUUGUAUAGCUGUGGAUUACGGGUAAUUCUUUAUUAUUGUUGUUGCUGUUGUCCCCAGGGGGAUGUGUAUGACAGGGAAAGGCGUGCAAGGUUCAAGAUAUCUAAGUCCUAACUAGCAAGUAUUUUGUAGUGAUUGUUAUGUGUCGGGUCGGGUGUUGCUGUGUGGCUCCGUCCCGACCCUGUCUGUAUGUUGUACCUGUACACGAGAAACUGAAAUCCGAAGUACAUAUGCCCGAACGUUCACUGUUGUUGAUACUCAAGCGAUACCAAAAAGAAUCCUUUACUUUCAUUGUUUUUUCCGUCAUGAAAAUAGAUUUGACUGUUAUAAGGCUAUGAAAUUAUAUGUACUUUUGUUGUGUACUACGGAGAGUCCCAUAUUAAAUGGCCUACAUCAGCAAAACAUGUGUACAUAAUUUUAAACUGAAUGAAAAAUUGAAAACUA